ACCACGACCGGGUAAAAAGGACGCCUCGGACCGACUCGUUAGUCCGAACCGCCAAUGUCAACCACAUAAGACACAUAGGAGGACGUUCAUGUAGGCCUAAGUCUUUGCAGGAAAAAAUAAGUCAAAUCAAACUUGGAUCCAGCUAUUAGCUGGCCGAUUUAUGCGGCGUUUAUUUUGUGCUAUCAUGAGCUAGCCUAUCUUAUUUAUUCAUAUUGAAAAGGCCUCUAGCCUUAUUAUGAACAUGUGUGAAUAAUGAUUUCAUGCGCCCAUCCCACGACUGAAGUCAUUCUUUCUAUCCCGCAUGCACGCACAUGAACUGCUCCUCUCAAUUAGGACACGGUGGUGCGCGCGCUGAAGCCCCCCUCCACGCCCCCCCACACACACACACACACACACACACACACACACACACACACACACACACACACACACACACACACACACACACACACACACACACACACACACACACACACACACACACACACACACACACACACACACACACACACACACACACACACACACACACACACGCACACACUGCUGGGCUUGGUUCGUUAAGCCUAAUGGGUGAACAAUAGACACAUCUGCUCAUCUUUUUCUAUCAAAAGAAAAGGUACCAGUCGGAAUCGUUUGGUAAACCGCCGCAUUUUGAACGGGUCGGGACGGGGCAGGACCAUGGGCCUGGGUCUGUCCGUCAUAUUGUGGACGACUAUAGGUCAAUAUUAUUAUUGUAGGCCUAUGAUUUUGUAACCACACAUAUGCAGGCGCACGAGAGUUAAACAUCAACUUCCACUGAAGCGGGAAGGAUCAUGAUCACUGCUUGUUUUAACUUGGCAAUUUAAGGACGACCACAAGCUACUAGCCGCCAGCUUUUGGGAAUUUCCCAAGCAUAAUUUUAAAUGAUUGAGCAGUUCUUAUGAGACAGUCAACUUUAAGAUGAAUGCAUCUUGUUGUAUAUUGUUAUUUUUACGAAAAACAAUAGGCCUAGAUGAAUAUUGGUUAUUAUGGGAGAAAAUGACUUCAGCCAGUAUAGUUUGAUACCUCCCUUCCUUAAUAAGUUUGCCUACGUCAGGACAAUGGGGCGGUUUGUGUGCGCGCGCCUGUGUGCGCGCACUUGUAUUUCUGUCAAUGUGUGUGCGUUGGUGUCAAUGUAUGUGUGCUAUUGUGUGCGUGUGGGAGAGGGACAUCUUCACUGCGCAUGUGUAGACAGGGCGAGCUGCUGGUGCUGGUAGGGAACUGAGAGCGGAGACAACGAUCAGCGCGAGACACGGCUAGAGAGAUGGCGCGGCACCCGAGCGGAGCGCGAGGACUGACGGUUGGCGGAGGGGGGGCUUGAAUGAACCGAAUAAACAAAUAAACCAAAGAAAUCCAUCACACACGGACCGGGAUAUCGGACAUACAUUUUGAAAAUACAACUCAUCCGAGGAGAAUAUUUCAUUUACGGACACUACAAUUAUUAUUACAGGACGUUUUGACUGCAACAAAAAAAAGAAGAAGAAAAAAAAACACAACAAAAGGAAAUUGAAGUGAAAUUGACGGGCAGGACUUUUGGACCGGCGCACUGGGGCAGGUCAGAUAGAUGGUUCGUCCACAGCGCUGGCCGGAUCAUGAACGCCCAGCUGUCGAUGGAGAAUAUUGGCGAUCUGCACGGGGUAAGCCAUGAGUCUGUGUCCGGCCACGGGGAUCUGUUGAGCAACCACAGUCCUCACUCCCGCUCGGGCCACCGGGGUCUGAGCCACCGUGCCAUGGGUAUGGCCACCCUGCUUGACGGCGGAGACUAUCACCCCUCCCACGGACACCUGCACUCGGCGAUCAGCAUGUGCGAAGCCCCCCCUGGGAUGAGCAGCACCACCUACACCACCCUCACCCCUCUGCAGCCGCUGCCUCCCAUCUCCACCGUGUCCGACAAGUUCCCUCCGCACCAUCAUCAUCCGCAUCACCACCACCACCAUCCCCAUCACCCUCAUCCCCAUGCCCACCAGAGGAUCCCCGGGAAUGUCAGCGGGAGCUUCACUUUGAUGCGCGAGGACCGGGGUCUGGCCCCCAUGAACAGCCUGUACCCCUCGUACCACCACAAGGACCCAUGCAUGGGUCAGAGCCUCUCCCCGCUGUCUGGCUCCGGCCUGGCCAGCAUUCACACCUCCCAGGCGGGGAUCCCCCCCUAUGCCCACCCGGGGGCCGCCAUGCCCGGGGAGAAGAUGCUGACCCCGAGCGGCUUCGAGGCCCACCACCCCGCCAUGCUGGGCCGACACACGGAGCAGCACAUGAGCUCCUCGGCGGGCAUGGUGCAGAUCAACGGCCUCCAUCACCACCACCACCACCACCCGCACGCACACAUGGGCGCCCAGGGACACGGCCAGGGGGGGCUGAUGACCAGCCGGGAACAGGCGUCCGGAGGCGGCCAGCACGGUGGAGGCGGCGGAGGGGGCGGUGUGUCCGGGGGACAGAUGGAGGAGGUAAAUACCAAAGAGGUGGCGCAGAGGAUCACCACGGAGCUCAAGCGCUACAGCAUACCCCAGGCCAUCUUCGCACAGCGGGUCCUGUGUCGCUCCCAGGGCACGCUGUCGGACCUCCUGCGGAACCCCAAGCCCUGGUCCAAACUCAAGUCCGGCCGCGAGACGUUUCGUCGGAUGUGGAAGUGGCUGCAGGAGCCUGAGUUCCAACGGAUGAGCGCGCUCAGGCUCGCAGGUGAGCGAAGCCUCGCGUGCAAGCGAAAGGAGAUGGACCACGGAAGGAACGACCGCAACAGCAUGUCCAAAAAGCCGCGGCUGGUAUUUACGGACGUGCAGCGACGGACUCUCCACGCCAUCUUCAAGGAGAACAAGCGUCCUUCCAAAGAGCUGCAGGUGACCAUCGCCCAGCAGCUGGGUCUGGAACUGACCACCGUCAGUAACUUCUUCAUGAAUGCACGCCGCCGGAGCCUGGACAAGUGGCUGGACGACGGCUCUGGCCACCCGCCGGGUAGCAACGGCUGCACCAAAGCCUGAAGACAGACUGACGGACCGACUCAUGGACGGACUGAACCUCGGUGAAAAAGCUUUAAAAUUUAAAGAAGAAACAAAGAAGAAAAAAAACUUUAAUGACUCUGAAGCAACGAUUUGCCCUUAAACAUGUGCUAUACUGAUAUUUAUAGUAUCCAAAGAUGAAAAACAAAACCAAAGACUACUUUUACUUGCUUUAAAAUGUUCGUUCUGCAACGCAUUUAUGUCUAACAUACUGCAAAAAACUUUAGAUCCCCCCAUCCUUCUCACUGGUCUUACAGCUUUACCCCUAAUAUCGACCUAUCAUUCACCGCCCUUAUCUCUAAUCUGAUUGGUUGGGUUGAUGACGGGUCCUUGAAAGGAAGUGUAAUCAGCCUAUCGGCAGUGUGUUUCGCACUGUUGUCCACGCCCAUGAAGACAAACUGAAAGAGGAGCUCCAGAAGGAUUGACCAAUCAAUUUCAAGGGAAAGGAUCCUGCUGGGGUAACUGGAACGUUUGUGCAACAUUUUGGACUGGUGGACUUGUUUGUCUUUAUGUCCGUUUGUCUGUCUGUAGAACAGUAGAGCUUUAGAUCUUUCUACCAAGCGUUCCGAACAGUCAGGAAGUGAGGGAGGGCGGGCUGCUAACCUGAAACCAAAACGAUCCCUGAAUCGAAUCUCCCCACCCCUCACUACUGGCGUGCUUUUCUUCCGCGCUGAAAAGUUGACCCCAAAGAACCUAUAUCGCCUUGUAGCUCCAAAACUAGGCCCAUGCAUUUCAUAAACAAAAUCACGACAGAGUACGUUCUCAAGAUUACCAAAGAUGAUACAAAUUUCGAUUUUGUCACAUACUCUUACCUCACGCCUUCCCAUUACCCCUAAAGAGAGACUGUUAUGUAGUCAGUUAGGAUCAUACACUAUAUCUCAUAGAGUGGGAAGUUGCUCUUCUACCAAAAAAUAAAUGUGUUCAUUCCUUUUUGCCUUAUGCAUUAUUGCAUCAAACCAAAAAAAUAUACAGCCACAUCCUCAGAAUCAACUGGUUCCCCUUUAUAAUCAUGUGCAUAUAAUCUAGUUAAUAUUUCUACUACAAGCAUAUACAGAGCGCCAGCUAUCAAUAAACACCCAGCAGGUGUAGCAGUUAGAGCUAUAUUCCUAUGCUGCUCAUAACACAAAGUAUGAACUGACGAUUCAAACAGAAGGCCAUUCAACAUUUUUGUGUAUUUAUUAAUAUAGCCAUUUAGAAAUGCUAUUUAAAUUAUUUAAUUGAGUGAUUAAGGUAAACCUUCUUAUUUAUUGAUAUUAAUCUGCAGUGGCUUAUAUGACUUCCCUUUGUGCUUCAUACAUAUUUGAUCCUAUGGUGCCAUCAAAGGCUCUAGAAAGGAGGAAUGAUAUUUAAAAUAAUCAAUGUACUGGCCUAUGCUUGGGCAGCCAUAUCAACCCGACAACCCAGCAACAACCCAUUCCCCCCCAACGCAAAAAGCCCAGACACUCUUCACCCAUUCCUCUGGCCAGCUAUGCAUUUCAGCAGCAGGGAGAAAGCAUUGCCAGGGUACGCGGACAUGAGGGCCAGGACAGCCUCCUGCCUCUGUACUCUCCCCCUUGGCCCGGGUUAGCAGCCCCUCCACCUAGAACAUCAACACGACCAAGGGAGGAUAAGGGAAAGUCAGAGCAGAUCGCUGAUCUCCUCACGACUCCAGGACCAAGGACACGCAGAACACAAAGAAGACAAGACAAAGAAAUGAACAAGAUGUUUAGACCUGCCGGUGUUUUAUAGUGUGAACCAAAGAUGCUACCUCACUCAAGUUCCAUACGUGAUUUCUAUCACUUUGAUGAUACCAAAGAUAAACAGACGGUUCCUUCUCAGUGCACGGCCUCUACAAGUGAAGUCAGUAGAUGAUGUAAGCCCCCAUCCCUUUCCCCCAACCCCGCCCUCGCCUGCGCCCCCUCUCUCCGACCACCCACCACCCAUCUUUAUUUGCCACCCUCCCUCCCCUCAGUCAAGCCAUGGCGCCCUGCUAGGUCUGUCUUAUGUGGGCUCUGAUUACUAAUCCAUAGGAGUAUGUGCUGAUGUAGGUGUAGCUAUUGCCAGAUAUGCUGAUCCAGCCCGAGACACACACACACACACACACACACACACACACACACACACACACACACACACACACACACGGCCCACACAAGUGUCCCCGGGGGUUAGAACUUGCUGGCCAUGCUACCCUUUCCCUAUGCUUUACUUCAGCUGCACCAGCCUAUUGCGUGUUUAUUCUCCUCGAUUCUAAUCGAAAACGAUGAAGAUGUGAACUAUAAGGGAUAGGCUGGCAGGUGACCCAUUUCAUUUUGUAGACGUACAACUAUGAUGGAUAGGCUAUAGGUGGAACACUUCAAGCAGGAGGCAAACCCUAAACCCACAAAUGUUUUUAUAUUUUGAGGUGGAUAUGUUCCCCUGUGCACCCUGCUGAGUGCAGCAUCAAUAGAGUUCUAGAUUUUGGCGGGAGACAGCUGUCAGACGUUGUAACACUACGACAGGUAGAACAACUGACAUCACGACAGAGCCCCAGUAGUUGAGCCCCGGCCAACAGCAGACAGGAUCCUGACACAAAGCAGUCAUGUUGCAAUCUUUCUGAAACUCCCAGGACGAGUGCCUUGCUUGAACCAAAGUGUUGAACCGCUGUUGACCUCUGACCCCUUGACUCAGAAUACCUCAGCCUGUAGGAAGGCCACCGUCGAAGAAGAAGAAACCAGGAGGAAGUUAUUUUCUCACUCACGUGGUGCUUUCCGCCAGCGCAACCAUGCAAUGACAACAUACCAAAGGAACAAAAAGCUGUUGUCCAUAGCUACAGACAAACCAAAGGUCCCCCUUUUUCUCUUAGUUUCUUUCUCCUCCGCCCUCCCCCCCCGUCCCACUCCCGUCUCCGUCCGCCUGUGUGUAGUCCAGGCCCGGCACCCUGGCCCAGCAUGGCUCAAACCAAAUGUCUCGGAAUACCUCAUAGUAAUAAUGAUUUCUUUGGGUUCUGCAUCGAGACGUUAUCUAUCAUCUAUGAGUUAGGCAGGACUCCUCUAGUGUGGUACAUGUUAUCGUAGCUGUAUCAUUACCUGUUUUUAUUUGUUUUUGGGUGGGAGCGCUCUGUUUCAAGUCACAGAUGACAAGUUUCAGGGCGGUUUUGAUGAAACUCGCCGGGUUUUAUCAGACAUUGGGUUAUGCCAAUAUUAUAAUGAAGAUAGACUAUUGUUUUUACAGGGUAAAACCAACUGCUGUGAUAAUGUGUUUAUAUUUUCCCUUUACUCUACUUCUGUGUUGUGAUUGGUCUUAAUUUAAUUGCAUUUUUGUAUCGGUUGACCACUACUUUAAUUUAUGCAUUUGUAGAAACUAUAGAUUUGUAUAUAGUAGGUUUUUGGAAAAAAACAAACAAACAAAAAAAGUCUGUUUUAUGUUGCAGCCUUAUUUCCCAUGAUGCUUUGAUGUUCUGAAGAAGUCGUUUGUAUUCUUCUUCACCUAAAUGUUAGCCGGCACUUCAAUAUGUGUUUGAAACACUGCCAGAAAACCAAACAGUUGAUUUGCCAACGGAAUCAAAGUUAUGUAGAACUUGCUUUUUUUGAGAGCUGGCAAAAAUCAGUAUGUGUGUUUUUUCUAUUCUUUUGACUCUUAAAAAAACGGUUCUUUUAUGGGUAUUAAUGCACAUCCAAAGAUUUUCUAAAACAAACCAAAAAUAGGAAAAAAUGUAUAAUGUUGAAAAAGCACUGGCAUUUGUGAGGUAGCAUUGUUGAUGAGUUUUGAUUUGCCAUUCGCACGGGUAUAGAAUGUAAAUGGUGUAGGCUCUGUUCACAAGCUGGGCUAGGCCUGUAGGGAAUCUCCUGUUCAAUUUACAAUCUGAGACUUUUGAAUUCAGGGACUACAAGUCCUGCUCACUUUGCCAUCCCACACACAGACAUACGCACACACAGACAUACAGACACACACAAACAUAGAGAGACACGCACACACACACACACACACACACACACACACACACACACACACACACAGAAACACACAGACAGACAAAGACACACACACAAAGAAACACACACACACACAGACACACACACACACACACACACACACACACACACACACACACACACACACACACACACACACUCACGCACACAAGGAGUGGGGGGGGCGUGAGUGUAGGCAGCCGGUCUGCCAGGGGGGCGGGCCAUGGGUGGGGUCUAUAUUUUUUUAAACCCGUGGUGUUGGCCACCUCGCUCCAUGUAGUAUCUGUUCUUUUUUGGUACGCACUCGUGUUAUGGCUUUAAAGUCUAAUAAAACUCCAAAGAACAUAACCAAACAAAGGAAUCAGUCUGUGAGUGUGUAUGCACGUGAUUGCAAGGAUGGUCUUUUUCCUUAUCUUGUGUGUUUGUGGGGGCUUUCUGUUUGCCUUCUAUGAGGAAUCUUUGAAACUGUUUCUGAGGCACUGAAUUGUGUCCAUGUGUGAGUUUUUUUUCCCCAGACAGCCAUGUUUCUAUUUUUUUUUAUUGUUAUUUCUUGUUUUGGUUUUAUCCAUGUUUAGAUCCCUAUUGCCUAUCUGGGUGAUAGUGUCGGUGGACAGCCGUGAGCAUGUGAUGGACUGAUGUUCUCCUCACAACCACAUUCUGUGUCAUUCUCUGGUCAGAGGCACCCAGGUUCUGCUCCGUUCUCCGUCUGUUCUCCCGUGUCCACCGCGCAGUGUUCUCACGGGAAAGAAGUUGGCUGUCCAUGGGUAGAUCGCAUCAGUAUCGUCUACCAGGGGUAGACGAUGCCUGUGUCCUUGAUUAGACUGUGUGGCGUUCCGUCAAGGGGCAUUCCUUCUCUUUCCAGUUUCUGAUUGCUCAUGCUAAUGCAAAAGGGAGGGUUGCUGUAACAUUGACGUGUGUGACUGACGUAACGGGGAUUUUUCCUUAGGAUAUUUUGUUGGUGUUUUUCUGUUUGGUUCUUAUGACCGGUUGUCCAUCAGGGGUUCCUAUUUGAUAGGUAGCUUGGCUACAGUUUCCAUAACAAUACUGCGGCGCCAAAGACAAUCAUCUUGAUCUCUAAUGCUGGGGGGCUCAAUCUAUCACCCAGCGGGGUAGCUCUCCAGCUAUUCAUAUACAAAGAUGCUUGAAAGGGUUUUGAUAAACAAGCAUAUUUGUUGUCAUAGACAUUUAGGAUAUAGGUGACAUUCGUAGUACGUUCUGAACUUUCCAAAUAAAAAUCAUAUUGCUUUUUUUCAGCCCAAGAGCUAUUGUCAGACUUGAUUUCCUUCCUCAGCCUCUUAUUUCGCGAAGCUUGUUUGAUUUCAUUCGUCAUUACUGUCUGUGUGAGCGCAUAUGUUUGUGUGUGUGUUAGGGUGUGUGUGUGGGAGUUUUUUUGUGCAAUUUGUGUGUGUGUGUGUGUGUGUGUGUGUGUGUGUGUGUGAGAGUAAGUUUGUGUGUGUGUGUGUGUGUGUGUGUGUGUGUGUGUGUGUGUGUGUGUGUGUGUAUGAGAGUAAGUUUGUGUGUUUGUGUGUGUCUGUGUGAGCGCGCAUGUGUUAUUGUGUGUGAGUGCAAUUAUUUUGGCCAGUUCGGCAAUGCUUUAGGUAUAUUGACGUUGUAACCCCAUUCCACAUCGGUUGAUCCGUUCCGUUUAUUCCCAGCAGCUUUGCGUCUGCUCUUUCAGUGCCGUGCAAUAUCAUCUGUUUUGACUGCUAAGCAAAUGAAAAAAAGGAAAAAAAAAAUGAGAAGCGAAGUGAUGAUGUCAUCAAGCUUUUUUCAGUGUUCAAAUGUUUCAACAUUUCUGUAGUCACCAAAGAAGUAGAAAAUAAAUUGUUGGUAUUUCCAUCUCUUAAA